UUCAUGGUAACUGGACAAAUUGGGGUGAUUGGGGUACAUGUAGCGCCACAUGUGGACCAGGUUAUAAUGAACGUACCAGAGAUUGUGCUAAUCCGCCACCUCAAAAUGGUGGUGAUGACUGUCCAGGAGUGGGCAAUGACAUUGGGGAUUGUGAAGCGGCAACACUAUGUCCAGGUAUAGCACUGUUUUCGACAGAAAUUUGGUUCGCUCUUAAGCUUGCUUUUCAUAUGGUCGUAACGGUUGUAAAGAUUGAGUCACGAUCUUUAUCAGCAGCCGAAAUACAAUAUUUGAGAACUGAAAAUAGGCUAAGUGAUUAUAAAUUGGGAAUACUUACGAUUUAUAUGUGGUUUAUAGGGAGGAAACUAUUAUAAUCUUGCCGUUUAGAACGAUUGUGACUCUAUCUUUACGACUGUUACGACCAUAUGGUUAAAGAUUUUUCAAUUGGUUCACACGCCCCAUUGGUCUGAUAUUGUGGGGUUUUUGGGGGGGGGGGGGGGGGGGAGAGAUAUGGAUCUUUCAGGAAUGUUUGGAGUGAUGAUGUGUAGGAUUGGAAGGGGAUUUGGCCGUUGAGAAAGAUCGUGACUCUUCUAAUUCAAAAUAAUUCAUUCAUUGUUUAUUUUUAUAGGAGAAGAACAUUUUGGUGAUUGGUCGUCCUGGAGUGAAUGCAACAUGACUUGUGAUCAAGGUGUUCAAAUUCGUUCACGAGUUUGUGAAAAUGAAGCUGCAGGGUGUCUUGGUGAACCAACACAAACAAAACCUUGUCUUCUCAAAUAUUGCCCAGGUUAGAAAACAAUAUAUUCACUAGGCACACAAUUCUUGUACUUGGGUAAAAACACACCAGUUGUAACAAACCUGCAGCAGACUUGUAGCAAUGUUGUUCCAACAACUUGUCAACAGGAUGUGUUUGCAUUGAUUGUUCCCAGCUUGUUGACAACUUGCUACAAGGUUGUUGAAUUCCAACAACUUGUUAUUGUCAAAAAGUUGUGAGUGACAACCUUGUAGCAACUUGAUAAAAUAACAGCGUUGUUACAACUUGGUGACAAGCUUGCUACAAGCCUGUUGCACAGUUAAUAUAUUAACUGUGCCUGUUGCAAACACAUGUUGUUGACAAGUUGUGAGAUUUUGAUGUGUAUCUUGUGUCACUCAUGUUGUGUGUACAACUUACAGUAAAUGGUAGUUACACAGCAUGGAGUAAUUGGACAACUUGUUCUACGUCGUGUGGUCCUGGGCAACAAUUACGUCAUAGAAAUUGUACAGAGCCUAAACCUGCUUAUGGUGGCGCUGAUUGUGAAGGGCCUGGGACAGAGACUAAAGAAUGCUUUAUAGAAGUAAUAUGUCCAGGUAAGUUGUUGACUCGUGUAACAGUAACAACGACAACAACAGCAACAACAAAACGACAACAACAACAACACAACAACAACAACAACAAAACGACAACAACAACAAAACGACGACGACAACAACAUCAACGACGACGGCAACAACAACAACGACGACGACGGCGGCAACAACAACGACGACGGCAACAACAGUGACAACAACGACGACAGUGACGACGACGGCGACAGUAACGACAACAACAACAACAACAACAAAACGACAACAACAACAAAACGACGACGACAACAACAUCAACGACGACGGCAACAACAACAACGACGACGACGGCGGCAACAACAACGACGACAGCAACGACAGUGACAACAACGACGACAGUGACGACGACGGCGACAGUAACGACAACAACAACAACGACGACGUCGAAAGCAACGACAGUGACAACAACGACGGCUGGAGCAACGACAACAGCGACAGCAACGACAACAGCGACAGCAACGACAGUGACAAGAACGACGAAAGCAACAACGACAACAACAACGACGACAGCAACGAAAGUGACAAGAACGACGACAGCAACAACGACAACAACGACGACGACGACGACGACAACAACAACGACAGUGACAACAACGACAGCAACUUUGCAGUUUAACUAAUGUGAACGAGGCUUUGUCAAAUAUAAUCACUCUUCCUCUUCUGUUUCAGUUGACUUUGGUUUUUCAUUGUGGUCGUCUUGGAGUCCCUGUACUACAACAUGUGGAGAUGGUCUGCAUAAUCGAGCAAGGGAAUGUGAAAUUUCAGGGCCUGACUUUUGUGGUGGUGAAAAAAACCAAACUGAUGUUUGUAAUGUUCGUCCAUGCCCAAGUAAGUGAAAUAUAUUGAACAUUGUAAUGAAGUUUUAUAUAGAGUGUGAUUACCUAUUAUGACACUGGUGUUUUAUAAGGAUUGGGAUAAUCAAUUAUCGUGUAGUUCUCUCCUACAAGAGUAAUUCUAACCGUAAGUGCAUAAGGAGCUACGAGUGUCGAAAUGUUGGGUCGUAAUGUAAUUUGUUCGGGGAGUUGAUGAGAGUUCCAACUCGCGCUCACCACCAACUCCCAUGCACUCUCUCAUCAACUUUGAGCUGGUUCCAAUUUUGAUGAGAGUUUAUGCUCGUUUUGACCAGGAAUAUCCAGCCAGCUCUUAUCAACUCUCGUUUGACCGGGCCGUGAAAUGGUGAACUGAUAUUAGUGAAUGUAAUCAAGUCAUCGUCUUGUGCAUAGUUUCAGGAGGUCUUACACCUCCAUUAUAGUCAAAAAUUUAGAAUCAAAUUAUCAUAUUCUUAUCAUCUUUAUUUGUAAUCAAUAUUAUCAACUUGUUUAUAGUUUCUGGAGCUCUCACAAACUGGACAGAUUGGAGUGAAUGUGAUAGUGAGUGUGGUUCUGGACAGCAAGAGAAAACAAGAUCUUGCAGCAACCCAGCUCCACAACAUGGCGGAGAUGAUUGUUCUGGUGAAACUAGAAGAAUACAGGACUGUAUCAUGCCUGAUUGCCCUGGUGGCCUCAACUACACAACGUGGUCCAGUUGGAGUGUGUGCAGUGUGUCGUGUGGCGCUGGUGUCCACACAAAAACAAGGUUUUGUUUAAGCAGUAGUGGCGAGGGUUGCGCAGGACCUAGUUCUGAAACUAAAGAAUGUUUACUGUCACCAUGUCCAGGUAUUUUUCAGAGUUUCAAGGUCAUCUACCGUAAUCAGCUCUAUUAAGCUCAGAUCCUUCAGUAAACCACUCUUGUCAUAUAUUACCCCCAUCUCAGGUUUUACGCUUUAUGCCAUCGCAACGAAAGGACACAUGUGUACUGAUGAUUAAUUGUGUUAAUUAUCCUGGAAGUUUAUGUCAGAUUUUAGCCAAUCCUUUUUCCCUAAAUAAAUAAUCUCCCUUCUCUAUUAAGCACCCCAAUGUGCCUGAAGUAAAUAUAAUAAAUAAUAGACGAUCUAAUGUAUGGAACAUGUGAGAAAGUUGUUUAGGUAGACUUAUGUUUGAUACGAACUUGGCAACCAUUGAAUCCUACUGCUUUCCCCUUUUUCUAGUUAAUGGUGGUUUCACCGAGUGGAGUGAUUGGUCAAUAUGUACAGUCACGUGUGGCUCUGGUACAAUACAACGAACACGAGAAUGUAGCAAUCCUGAACCAGCCAACAAUGGUAGUGAUUGUUUUGGGUUGACUGUGGAAGCUAAAGAAUGCUCCAUGCCAACCUCCUGUCAAGGUAUAUUUCUGGUGGUGGUAUUUGGACAAUACGUCACUAACUGUCAUAAAGUAGUAUCUGGCACAAGGAUCGUCAGACGAUAUACCGCAGAGCACAGUUUACAUUUCAUUUUAAUGCGUCACAUGUCCGGUGUUUCACAAUAUUUUAACGCGAAACAGGCGGUUUUAUGGUUAUAAUAAAAGUUCCUGUGCUAUCCAGUUAAAUAUCCGGCAAAUAUAUACCGAACAGUGCUGGAUGUCUAUGUUUUGCAGGAUAUCGGAUUCUGGUAACCGGCACAUACCUAUUGUGUUACAACUAGUAUAAACAUAAUAUAUUGUUCUUUUAGAUGAAGCAGGUUUUACAAUUUGGUCGUUAUGGACAGCUUGCAAUGUGGAAUGUGCAGAUGGACAAACGUUUAGAACAAGAGAAUGUUUGGAUCCUACUUUGGAAACUUGUAAUGGAACACAUAAACAAAACAACACGUGUUAUGCUGGGCCAUGUCCAGGUAUGUUGAUGUAUUACUCGGGUAUUUAAUUUAGGGAUGAAUUCUCAGACUUUUUUGUGGAGAGAAGGAAGGGUAAAAGUGGGUGCAUAAUUGUUACUUUCCAUACUGUAUCAAUUUGCCGAAGUGGCAAGUAUUAGGUUUAGGAUUUGGGUUAGGACUUCAGUGAGGAUUUGGAUUUUAGCUAGGGUGAGGUGUCAGAUUGGGAUAAAUUGGUAUAAAUAUUUUAUGAACGCUAUCUGUGAGUUUUGCUCAUCAAUUAUUAAGUUUGAGAAUCAUUGUUUUCUUUUCAGUCCAUGGUGGAUAUUCGGAGUGGACGCCGUGGUCUCCAUGUAGUGGAUACUGUGGCUCUGGUCUUCAAAGUUGUACGAGAACCUGCAGUGAUCCCGAACCUGCUUUUAAUGGUGCUGGAUGUUCAGGGAGCAGUGACGAAACUCAAGAUUGUCAACAUUCAAACAUCUGUUCAGGUGAAAGUGGUUAUGGUGAAUGGUCUCAAUGGACAUUGUGUACUCAGACAUGUGGAAACAGUACACAGAUAAGAAGAAGAACUUGUAAAGAAGAUGCACAACCUGAGGAAUGUUCUGAUCCUUCUACUCAGAGCAAACCUUGUGACAAAGGACAGUGUCCUAGUAUGUAUACUGUACUUUAUUAUUUAGCAUGACGCUCCAACUCUUUCGUAAUGGUUAGAACAUAGAGGUAUAAAUCAAGAUUUUCAGCCCUACUUCACUGCCACGCCACUGGCUAUUGCCGCGCACUUGAGCUGGUACAAACGUAAGACUCGAGGUGUACUUAGUCUUUGAGACGAGGUCCACAAAAGGUCUUCAUUCAGUAACUGAAAAAAUGAUAUUUUUCUUUAGUUCAUGGCGACUGGUGUGAGUGGUCAGUUUGGAGUGUCUGUAGUGCAUCUUGUGGUUCUGGUUCAAAAUCACGUCAUCGUACAUGUACUCACCCUGUACCUUCCUAUGGUGGUCUACCAUGUUUUGGAAAUGCUGAUGCGUAUGAUGAUUGCACCUUGCCAAAUAUUUGUCCAGGUAUGAAUAAAGAAAUAUACUUGUUGUAUUGCAUGUCUUCUGAAAAAUUGUCAAGAUUUCAAUGUGUACUGAAAAGUCGUCAACAUGGCAAUUUAUAUGCAAGUGAUUAUUUAAAUCACCAUUAUAUUUUAGGCGAUGAUGAAUUUUCAGAGUGGGGGAACUGGGGAGCAUGUAAUGUCACGUGUGGUGAGGGGACACGUCAAAGAUCCCGUUAUUGUAAAGUUGUACCUACAUAUCCUCCAAGUGGAGAUCCAUAUUGUACACUUCCUACCGAGCAGUUUAUUGCUUGUUAUAACGAACCCUGUGUGGGUGAGGACAUGAUUUGUUUUUAAAAUUACAUUUGUUUAGUAGACUGAUCUGGGACAAUGUGUGUACUAUUUAACAAAUAGAUCAGAUUUUCCCGUUGUCUGUUCAAUUAUAGAUAGACAGUAUAACGUCAUAAUGUAGGGAGAACAAAAAAACUGGCUCACGAGCCGCCGAGGCAAGUGGCUCACUUCUUCGUUCUUUCCACAUUAUAAUGUCAUACUUUGUAUCUAUAACUGAACAGACAGCGGCAAAAUCUUAUCUAUUUGUUUUAUAUAAUAAAAAGAAAAACCCCGAAUUAAACAGGUAAAUAGCUUACUUUUUAUCCACCCAAACAUUUGGAAAUUGAAAGAUUUGUAAGAAAUGUUUGAGGGAAGUGUAUCAGUGUUCAACAGUGAGUCAGUUCUCUCAAACAUUUUUUGCAAAUCCUUCAAAACUUAGAACUUAACCACAAAGCAAAAUCAGAAACUUUGAUAGUGUAAACCAGCCUUUAAGCAAUUUUUAAAACAUCGUAGAAUUUAACAUGUUUAGGAACAUAAGAAAAGACACAUAACUUUUAAUUUCACAUCUUUUAUGCUCGUCAGUUUAAUAAAAUCUUUUAUCAUUUCAGUGAACGGCAACUUCACUCCGUGGACAGACUGGUCAGCAUGUACAACAUCGUGCGGUGUUGGAACACGCACAAGAUAUCGUAAUUGUACCAAUCCUCCGCCAAUAUUUGGUGGCAGCGACUGUCUUGGACCACUCCAUCAAAUGAAGGAAUGUGAAAAUAUGCCUGACUGCCCAGGUAAACUACCCUGGAAUUUUUUCUAGAUGUUUAAAGGCCGAUUUACACAAUACACAAUUUUUGCCUAAAACUGUCGCAUGCAACCUGCUUACAACUUGAGUUGCACUGUGUAAAUCAAACACACAACUCACCUACGACGACGUAAGCAAGUCAUGUGCUUGAUUUACACAGUACAACUCAAGUUGUAAGCAGGUUGCAUGCGACAGUUUUAGGCAAAAGUUUUGUAGUGUAUAUCGACCUUUACUCGUACUCUUAUUUGUACUCACCGGGGCAUCAUUAUGUAUUUUUUUUUUAAUUCUAGAUGAUGGUUAUUUCACAUCCUGGGCAGACUGGUCGGAUUGUUCGUCUGAUUGCGAGGGUGUUGCUUAUAAAACAAGAGCAUGUCAGGUUGAUGACAGUGGCCAAUGCGUUAGCUUAACAAAUGUUACUAUCGAAUGCAAUACUGAAGCAUGUCCUGGUAAGUGGAGCUGUUUCCAACAGCCAAUACAACCUUUGGAUAAUGACGUCACAAAUCCCACCUUGGGCCUGGAGCCUCGUUCUCUUGUAACUUAGGCGAAUAGUCUUUCGUCUUCAUUCGCGAAAGUGAGGCUCCCAGACCAAUUUGUUUUUUUCUUUUCGGCAUUGUGUUUAUUUCUUUGAUACUCCAUUUCGAUAACAUUGUACUCCUGAAGAAUCGAUUUUUUUCAUGUGUAUUAUUAUUCAUCAAAUAAGUCGACUCCAAUUGCACACCGGAGUUAAUAUUCACUAUUUACUAUUUCUAGUUGACGGCUCAUGGUCGCAGUGGACUCCGUGGUCAUUGUGCAGUAAAACAUGUGGUGAACAAAAAGAAACGAGAACGAGAGUUUGUGAGAAUCAGAGGAAUGGAGGACUUUACUGUUCUGGUCAUGAUAUUGAAGUGAUGCCAUGUAAUGAGUACGACUAUGUCCCUUGUCCAGGUAAAUUAUAAUAAUAAUAAUAAUUUAAUUCUUCAGUUCGCAUUUACAAAAAUUUCUCAAUGCUCAUUACAAUGGUAUUACUUAUUAAUACAGUAUAUAUUAGAUUAUAUAGUUAAAAAUUUGCGAAUACUAAGAGCUAACUGUAAGCUUGGUUAAAAAGAAGAGUCUUAAGUUCAUUUUUAAAAAUAUCAACAGAUGUCUCUAGUCUCAAUUUAAUCAGGCAGGCUAUUCCAAAACGCCGAUCCAGCCUUCCUAAAUGUUCUAUCGCCAUAUGUUUUCGUGAUUGUCCUUGGUUCUUGAAGCAAAUUUUUAGAAGCAGAUCUUAAACACCGCGAAGGCUGAUGUAUUUUCAGAAGGUUUUGAAGAUAGGAUGGAGCCAAAUUAUUUAAAGCUUUAAAUACUAUUAACCCAAGUUUAAAUUGGAUACGGCUUUGUAUAGGAAGCCAAUGAAGUUCUUUCAAAUAUGAACCAUAAUUCGUCUUGAAAAACUGCUAUGUUUAGUUCGAAACUAUAAUUGGUUUCGUCGAUAAGCUGCAAACCUAAACUAGCUUUAUUUAGACAAAGUAGUUCUAGUAGUUCUAAACUGUUCUCCUUAGACGGUCCAAUGAGGGCUUCGUUGAGUGAGGGUCAUCCCUUGCUGAUCCAGUAUUACUACGGGGGGAAAUGGAGUAUACACAGAGAAAAACGUGAAAUGCUCUGUAGAGUCUCACAACUGAAUAUUGCAGGCUUCCUCCCUCCCUCCCCCCCACGCCGCUCGUAGGCUAAGGGCACAUGCACUUACCACUAUGUCACUCUUCAUGUUUUCCUUAGACCCACCCCCGGCUCAAUGGUCAGAUUGGUCUUGGUGGACAGUGUGUACAGAGAGUUGUGGCGGGGGGAAUCAACAACGUUUCAGACUAUGUAACAACCCACCUCCCGCUCACGGCUGGCCUUCAUGUGCGGGUGUAAAGAAUGAAACAGAAGAAUGCAACACUCAUUUCUGUCCAAGUAAGAUAAACGCUGGUUUGCACUAUCAAAGUUUCUGUGAUCACAAUAGGUUGUGAAGUUGUUUAAAAUUGGGUCAGUUCACUCGAACAUUUCUUACAAAUCCUUCAAAACUUAGAAUUUCCCUUUGCUGCAAAAUUCCUACUGUGAUCACAGAAACUUUGAUAGUGUAAAACCAGGCUUAGGAAUCUUCAUAUUUGAAUGGGGAUAUAGCUAUCUUUCCCAAGAGUUUUUCGUCUUGUGGAGCAAUAACGUCAUGAGUAUUCUUUCUCCUAGUUCAUGGUAACUGGGCUGAAUGGACGAGCUGGACUCAAUGUACACUGGAGUGUGGCAACGGAACUCGAGUUCGAGGAAGAGCUUGUACCAGUCCUAGAGCACAAUAUGGCGGUCAAGACUGCGAGGGUGAUACAACUGAAGUACAACAUUGUAAUGUCGAUCCUUGCCCUAGUAAGUUAAACCAAUGUAGACAGUGCCUUGAAGAUGUUGAAGCAGAGUGAAAACCUACCCCGGGCCCUACCCUGCUGUAGACACUCAACUUGUGAAGAUGUCAAGAAUUGAAUGCGUAGCCCUUUCAAGUUGGUGCUUUUGUAAAUCCCUUAUCAAAUUCGAGCCCCAGUUAUGUUUCAUCUAAAUAGAACAGCCUUUAAUGUGUGUUCAUUCAUUAAUUUCAGUUGAUGGAGGACUUACACUCUGGAGUUCCUGGACGUAUUGUAACAAACCAUGUAGCAGUGGUGUUUCCGACAGACGACGAACAUGUACGAACCCGACACCGAUGUAUGGUGGAAGAAACUGUACGGGAGAAACAUUGCAGUGGAAUGAAUGUAACACACAGCCUUGUGUGGGUGAGUCCCCUAGUGAUAUUUUAUUUAAACCAAAACUACCAGGAUUAUCGAUAUUAUCAUUGCAUUGAUCACAGGUUCCUCAGACGAUAGUGUUUCAUAUGUACAAGAAUAGUCAGAGAUGGAUUUACUGGGGGGUUCUAUUAGAGAACACCCCCCCCCCCCUACCAUCUCAUGCUGGAUCCAUCCCUGAGAACAGUUAUAUUAAAAAAACUAGGAGGACCCAGAGGCUACAUUUCUUCGCCUGCAAAUUAUGUCACGUAUCAUGCACAGGGCAUUUUAAGAAAUUACAACUACUGAGGCUAUAAAUCUCAAUGAGGGCCUUUUCCCCACACAGUUACGCGUACUACAUAAAUAUCAUGCUAUGCUGACUUUUGUAAGAUGGAAUGUCGAGAAUGUGAGAGGAUAUGAGAAAGCAAGCAGAUGCAGCUUUUUCAACAAGGAUGACUUUUUACUGAUGAUCAAAAGGGCCCAGCUCAUGUGAAAAUAUUGCUUCACUACUGGGGCAAGCAAAGGGCCUACUGGGGUAAAUGCCCCAGUAGUUAUAUAGUUACAAGAUGCCCUGAUCAUGCAUAAAUUAUGCAAUGUACUGAUUACGUAUUCAGUUUACUUUUUCUCAUCCAAUUUUCAUCUAAAUUGAGCCAAAAUUGAAUUGAUUUCUCCUUGGAAUCUUGGACUAUUUCUAGUAGCCCCUUCUCGUAUAACGUUGGAGUUAUCGUACUCACACACACAAACGCAGGUGACAACAUAACCUCGUGGUGCAAUAAUGUAUACAUAACUUGACCAAAUGUAAUUGUAGUGUGGUACAUUUUUCAGCUGUUGACGUCGUGCUCGAUGUAACGUUCCUGAGUGUUUCGUGGCAAGAAUAUUCGUCAGAUAUCGUAUCUUUUCAAACGGAUGUUCAAACACUUGUAAGUAUGAGAAUUGUAUAUUAUACCGGAGAGGUUUAUAAUACACAAAUCUAGUUUGAUUGUGGAUUUGUGGUUACUUUGAAGGAGUCAAGUACAGAAUGAUGGUUGUAUGAAGCAUUACAUUUUCUGUAUUUUAGAUAAGAUCUCCUUAUUCUUCAUUUCCACCUGGAGUGAGCUUCUUAUCAUGCGAGUACGUACUAAGUAUUAAAGAUAGUUUAUUAUUUUAGUUUACAGAGAAUGUACUUGGUACUAAAUUGUUAUUUCGUAUUUUUUACUAGCCGUGACGCUGCUGAUAAAGUGCGAUGCUCAAUCAAUGUGAACUACCAGUCCCUUGCAGAUGUAGAGUUAGUUCUUCUUCAAGAUAAACUACUUCAUCCAACUACACAAACUACUCUGCAUAGUAUGACAUCAGAAAAUGGUAAGGUUAUAUUGCUGUUGAUUUUAGCUUUAUUUUGUAUUGUGAAAAUAAUUGGAAAGUUAAAUAAUUACUGUCUGUUUUAGUCAUAUCAUCGCCACUGCAAGCGAGAUCAACAUCUCCUAGUUCAACCAGUAUUAAUGUGGAAUGGGAUGCUUUACCAUCUGGAGUUGAAACAGCACAAACAAAAGCCCUCAGUGGUUACAUUGUAUUUUAUAAAGAAAGUACAGCCGAAAGUUACAGUAAGAUUGCAGUACAACCAAGUUUCGUUACAAAAACAUUGGAAAGUCUUAAGAAGUUUACACAAUAUAAAAUUGUAGUUUGUCCAUAUUCAGAAAAUGGAAAUGGAGUGCCAAGCUUACCUUUUGAAAACACAACAUUGGAAGAUGGUAAGGAUUUAGAUUAGGAUUAAGGAUUAAAUCAGGAUUAACUUAUAUAUGUUGCUAUGGGAUUAGAGUUUAGUUGGAUUAAGGUUAGAGUUUAUGUUGUGUACAAAUUAUAAGGUUGUUGUUAUGCAAGUUGCCAGAAGUUUCAAUUCAUUACUUUGUUUUCUCCUAGUGCCCAGUUCUUCUCCGUUGAUAAAAAAUAUCACGUCACUUACUUCAAGAUCAUUGAUGUUAAUAUGGACAGCGAUAGACAAUGGCUCGUGGCAUGGUGUGCCACGUGGUUACUGCGUGACGUAUCAGGCGAGAGGUUCAUCUCAAAGUGAUACCCAAGAGAUACAAGAUCCUUCUCAAUUAAGUGCAAAUAUCACUUCUCUUAAACCUUAUACGCGAUAUUAUGUCCAAGUGUCAGCCAAGACUGGCGCUGGGUGUGGAGCGCAAGACAGGACUAGUCAUGUUACAAUGGAAGAUGGUAAGAAUGCAAUAUUUGAAACUGUCGUAGUUAUAUAUAAGAUAGUAGUUUAUCGCCAUUUAAACUCAUCAACCUUCUUCCAGCUCCAAGUGGGCCACCUCAGAAUGUCUCUGCUGAAAGUACUGGAACCAAAACUGUUGGGAUUCUUGUUAAAUGGGGUGAAGUGAGACCUGAGGAACGAAAUGGGAUCAUACUAGGAUACAAAGUGAAUUAUUGGACUGGCAUGGAGCAGAAAGAAACAGUCAAUGUUCCUGAUAGCAGUGCUCGAGAAAUUGAAAUUUCAAGACUGAAGUUCCUCACAGACUAUAAAAUGGAAGUUGUAGCCUAUACAGGCGCUGGUGAUGGUCCUGCAAGUGCCGUGGUCACAGCCACUACUGAUGAAUCAAGUAAGAUUUACUUUAACGUAGGAAUGAUUCUUAUAAUGCUUUAUCUUACCUUUCCAUACCAUGCUGUACCAAACCAUACUGAACCCUACGUUACCUUACCUUACCUUACCAUACCAUAUAUUUAUUUAUCUAGCUCCUGCAGUAGGCCCGGUAAUUGUAGAAGCAUACAACAAAAGUUCAACCAAGAUAUUUCUACAAUGGGAAGUUAUCGAUGCACUAGAUCAACGCGGCGUUCUUCUGGGUUAUCGGGUUUUUUAUCGUCCUUCAAACACGAAGAUAAAAGAAAAAAUGAUAGAAAUAUCUAAUCCUGGCAUUCUUGAAUAUGAAUUCACUGAUCUCUUCUGGUGGUGGUGGUAUGAAAUACGUAUUGCAGGCUAUACAAGAAUUGGAACUGGAGUCACAUCAAAUAUUACUGUACAAACUGAUGAAGAAAGUUAGUGGAACUUUGUCUCUAUUUGGCUUGUAUAAUCCACCAGUUCUAAACUGGUCUCCCCACAAGUCUCCCCAACUCUUGCUAAUCCAGUCUGACUAGAAAACCUGCGGAGUCCAACUGGAACACUCCUCCCAUAUACUCUUCUUUUUCCUUUUAGUUCCAAGUCGUUAUCCAGAAAACAUUCGUGGUAAUGCUCUAACAACUACAAGUAUGUUGUUUGAAUGGGACCCUAUUCUAGCAGGUUUUGCACACGGUGUAAUGCUUAGUUAUCAAUUAACUGUUCGUGAAACUGAUGACCUCAGUAAUGUCAUUAUUAAUACCACACUUGCUGCAUAUGAACGAUCUUAUUACAUGGAAGGAUUGAAGAAAUAUACUAAUUACACAAUGUGGGUCAGUGCUAGUAACUCGAAAGGACAAGGUCCUAUUUACGAACCUGGACACAUAUAUUCCACUGGAGAAGACGGUAAGCCAAAAUGUUUAUUAUUACUGUUGAAAAACACUGUUUUGAUAAGAGUUUUGUACUUUUCUUCAGGCCCGGAAGUUCCUCCAGACAACAUCAGAGUUUCAACACUUGAACAUAUUUCUGAGAUAAAGUUAGAAUGGGAAAGAAUUCCUCCUGAAUAUCAUAAUGGCAUUCUGCGCGGUUAUUAUAUUGAAUAUACUGCGACAGUUUUAGCUGGAGAGCCUGUGCUCACAGAGAAACGUGUUGUUCAGUCGAUGAGAGUACGAGGAAAUCGUUAUUCAACCACUGUUAAAAAUCUUGAUCCAGGAUCGACGUAUCAGUUUAAAGUUUAUGGGUAUACUAUUAAGAAUGGCACAAAGAGUAACGCUACAGUUGGUGGUGAGUUUGUUUUAAAUCAUCGUCAUUUUUGACUUUUUACUCAUUUUUUUUCAUCUCUGAUGAUGUCGUUGACGACGAAAGCUUAGAUACUUAUAGACAAUAAAGACCUUUUUUAAAGUGUUUUUAAAAUCUAUUUUAAACAGCCGCAGUUUUGGCCUCACUCGAAAAAAAACCGAACAUACUUUUUAGUUUUUGUUUAUAGUUUUACUUGUCGAAGACUCCUGGUUGACACUGCCACUAAACCCAAAUAUGAUUUUUUCUAUCUGUAAGAUUUGGGUCUUUCUAAGAGGAGGUUUACUGUAUUUCUAUGGCAAACUUUCCCACUGUCACAUGUGGCAGAUGUGAAGUCAUUAGAUGAAUUCUUGAAGUACUGUUUAAUAAACGAGCAGGAGUGUUUUAUUAGGUUUAAAGACACGAGCGCGCAGCGCGAGUGGCUUUAGACCAGAGCGCUUAUAUAUAUAUAAGCGCCCUGCUUUAGACCUAAUAAAACACGACCUGCGAGUUUAUUAAACGGCUUCAAACACGACUACAAAUUCAAUAGAUAUACUGCCUUAUUAUUAUUCUUUAUAUAAAGAAUACCAAUGAGGACACGACUACAAUAGAUACUGCCUUAUUAGUAUUCUUUAUAUAAAGAAUACUAAUUAGGAGUGUUUUAUCAGGUUUAAAGCCACUGCACGUGACAUAUUAUGGUUGACAUGAUUUACCAAUAAGCUUAUGAAUUAUUAAUGAGUCAGUGUUUGAAGCAAAUGAAGAAAAACUAAUUCGCAAUUCAUCUAAUAACAUUAUGUAAGGAAACUUUGACAGUGAAAAAGUUGAUCAUGUGAUGAUGAGGUGUUUGACUAUUAAAUACUAGUUAAAACAUGAGCAGCUGUAUGUCAGAUAAAGAUCGGAUGCGAAUGUUUUAACGUGCUUAAAAACGACCCAUCUUAUGAGUUCAUUAGCGAAGUAAUUUUAAAAAUAAACAUUGUCUAAGCCGAGAAAAUCAAAGCUGAAGUUUAUGUAAAUCAGGACAAAUCUUUAUCCGAUUUACAAACAUUGAUUAAACAUUCGUUUCUUUUGUAUUUUCCUCAUGAAUUAUUAAUGAGUUUUUAAGGUAUAUUACAUUUCCUCUCACAAUGACCAAAUAUUGCACAUACAAAAGCAGGCAAGGUAAGCUGUGCACUUAUGGCAUAGAGGUUAGUUAAGGGUCUCAUCUACAUUUAGGCUAUAUGACGGGUUCUCCUAGUUUAAUUCUACUAAACGUGGGAUGCAUUCUACAUUUUUCAGCAACAUGUCGUUGUCCAAAAUAUCUUCGUUCCAAUUGGUGGGUUCUCCCUCCUUAUACCAACACUUCCAACCCUGAGUCACCUGGAGGAAUCUUCUUUAUGGUGACCAGACAAAUUCUGGACGAAAUGUGUGGUACUUGUGUAAACGGUCAUGGUCAAACAGAAUUUUGUCACGAAGAAGGUUGUAACAAGAAACGUCGACGUCGUCGCUCAACUGGCAACAGUUAUCAGAAAAACAGUUUACAAGCUGUUGCAACGAAUAUUGAUGAGAAUGUUGAAGUCAGUUUUCCAGUUCAAGGCAAUAGAUUUAUGACAACCUAUGGUGGCGUGUUUCCGUUUAUUUCUGUUGUGGAUGCGCCUGGUUCUGCUUAUUUUACUGUCAAGAAUGUUCCCUCAACGGCUGAAGUUGUCGUCACCGCGGCGUUAGCGUGUUUACCAAUGGUUUUACUCAUGAUAAUGUUUGCCUGGAUGGCUGGGAUUGUUAUUUGGGUCUUGGUGAGUUAUGUUACAAAUCGAAAUAAAUUGCUUCAAUCAUGUUUUAUGUAAAUUUAUGUUAGUCUUGUUUUGUUCCAUUUUUUGUUCUCACGAUGUUUUCAUUUUCGGUUUUUGUUUUUUACCUUAUUUCCUUAAAUUGUCGGCUGCUUCUGGUUUCGGAACUACUAAACUUUAUAGAUAUAACAAGUGUGAAUCUUUGGAAAGAACUUCAUGUUUGAUAUUAUACCAUUUCCCCUCUGAAAAAUCUGUUGUUUACAUUUCAACUAUGUUAACUUCACAGGAACGAAAGCACAAUACAGAACAUUUUCCAGAUCCAUUCACUAAAGGAGUUCCAGAAGGAUUUUGGUGGGCGUACAUCUCCAUGACAACAGUAGGGUAAGCAGAACUAGUUAAGCCGUUAUGAAAUUCAAGCAAGGUUCCUGGACAGGGCAGCAAAAAAAAUUCAUCCUGGAAAAAAAACCUGGAGACAAAAUUUUUGUGCUAAAUUUGCAUGUGCAUAUAAACAAAUAGUGUUCUAGCUGACAAUGGUUUUAAAUUCAAGGAAUAAUGUCUGUCAACCAUAUGUUGUUGCGCCCAUGGUGGGACAUAGAUGUCAAGGUUUCCUCCAAAUUUUCAAUAGCAAAUCUUCAUUCAAAGUAAUUCCCUGCAGCUGUUUAACACUUCCUGCGAGAAGUGUUCGCGUGCUCGCCUAUUUUUUCCACCCCGCCUCCUGAACUGAAAUUAAACUAAGUUAAACUUACUACUGUUUCAGAUACGGAGAUCGCAGUCCAGUCACCAUACCAGGUCGUCUUUUUGCGAUCGUCUGGGUCUUAAUGGGUCUUGUGAUUAUCUCGAUUGUAACUGGAGGAAUUGUGACGUCAAUUACUUCAAUUUUGGUUGUACAGGAAGAUAAAUUAUAUGGAGCACAGGUGCGAUAAAGGAUUUUACAUGAGAGACGACUUUUUUUACUAACUAAAUGUUGAGAUCGAGUAAAUAGAGUAAUCUUUGAAUUAAGAAUUCAUUGUUUCUUUGUUUUAAGGUGGGCGCCAUAGAAAACUCUGCUGAAUACAGCAAGGCAGUUCGACAGAAUGCAGACGGUAAGACAUUUACCGAAUCUUGGAGCCUGAGUAUUUUACAGCACGGUUCGAUCAUUAAUGUUGUGUGUAUUUUCAACAGUUGUUGGUUUCGAUAACAUGGAAGAUGUUAUCAACGCAAUGCACAAUAAAGAAAUUGCUGGAGCUUUACUUGACAUGUAUGCAGCAGCGACGAAGAAAGACUCAUUUGAUGGAGGAGAUAUUCAGUUGAAUCGUUUGAUUGAGUAUCCAACAGGUUAUGGUUUUAUCUUGUCUGGAGACAUGGCUAAAGCUGCGCCCUUAUUCCGGGAAGCUCUCGCAACACACAAGAAUAAGAUUUCUGAAAUUGUUGAAGGGAAUACAGAGAGUAUUCAGCUGGUUAGUGUGACAACUUAUUUACAGUUUAUCUUCUCUUAUCGCUUGUACUUGGUUUCCUCCUGCAGUAACACUGGACCAGUGAGGGAUGACUGGACCUGUACACCAGGGGCCGGUUGUAUAAAACUCUUAAACAGUUUUUUUAUCACUAUUUUGUAGUUAAAUAGUGAUUAACUCUCAAAUACGCGCUUCUUAUUGGAUGACGUUUCCACUAACUAUAGUUAACUUUAAUCACUUUUUUAUACAACUGGCCCCUUAACUUAAGUUUAGGAUAUCGUGGAGCCACCUUUGUCUUCAUGAAUUCAUAUUUUGUCUUCACAGGACAGAAACGAGGCUGAAGAAGCGAAGGAGAAAUCUUCAGGUUUAUUUGAUCCAACUUCUGAAGCAUUUACAACUUCAUUUAAAGUGACAGUCAGUUUAUUGGUGACCGCAGUUGUGGCUGGAUUGAUCUGGCAUUUUGGAAGAUAUAGAAGGAAAAUGAAAAAUAAAGAAAAGCAGCUGGAAGAAUUAGGUAAGUUUUUCAUAUUUGAUUUUAUUGAUAAACGGCCGUAAUAUUUUAUUUAUUACUGAACUGUCGACCACCUUCAUGUUGUCAUCGCUAGUACUAUUUAAAACUCGAGCAGGAGUGCUUUAUCAGAUAUAAAGAGGCGACAGCCGCGUGUUUUAUAGCUGAUAAAGCAACGACUGCGAAUGUUUUAAAUGGCUUAAAAAACGACCCAUCUUAUGAGUUCAUUCGCGGAGAAAUUUUAAAUAUAAACGUUGUCUAAGCAGAGAAAAGCAAAGCUAAAGUUUAUGUAAAUGAACAUGAUUUUUUAUCACAUAUUAAACCAUCGACACGGCAGUGAUUUUAUUUGUCUUUUCUUCAAUUGUUAAUGAGUUUUUUAAAUACUAUUUAAAACACGCGUAGGAGUGUUUUAUCACAUAUAAAACACAUGACGCGUAGCGGAGUGUUUUAUAUGUGAUAAAACACGACUACAAGUGCUUUAAAUGGCUUCAAAAACGACUCAUCUUAUACGAGUUCAUUGGCGAAGUAAUUUUUAAAAUAAACUUUGUCUAAACCGAGAAAAUCAACGCUAAAAUUUAUGUAAAUUAACAUGAUUUUUUUCACAUAUAAAACCACGACACGCUUAUGAUUUUUCUUUGUGUUUUGCUCCUGAAUUAUUAAUUUUUUAAGUAUUUGUAUUCUAACCUGUAUGAUAAACUAUUUAUUAAAAUAUAACAUAUUAAAUUCGCUAACAACGAAGUAGAUGCAUAAUCGAUAAAUAUAUUAAAGAUUAACAAACAAAAUGUAUACCUAUAACAUAACUUCAUAACCUUGAAAUAACUUAAAAUAAACCUACUUUCUAGAAGAACAAAUCCCUUCACUGAGGAUAGCAGAAUUUCUAAAAUCAGAUGGCCGAGCGAUAUUGGAAGAUUUCACUUCAUUGUUGCAACACGAAAUCACUGAACUCAGAGAGAGACAUAUACGUGAACGUAAGAACACUUGGCAUUUCAAAGCCGAAAUUAAGAGACGAAAGUCAGUUACUGCCGUCAAUCAACGACGAGCACGAGUGAGUCCCGAAGUUAACACGGCAAUGUACGAUGAUGAAAGGUCGGAGGGAUGGCUCACAUCCAUCCCAAAAUAUCUCAAAAUACAGAGAUCGCCCCAGGUUCAUCCAAUCUCCCAGGAAAGAUUAUCGGAAGAUAGCUAUAUCAGAGGCUCAUCAAUAGAGCCCAGUGAUUUAGUUAAACGUUAGAUCUCCAUUCUUAACUCUGAUUGCAAUUGCAAAUCUGACCCUAAAACCUCCCCCUACCCCUAAUUCCAAACAUGACCCUAACGCAAGCCAAAAUAAUACGAACCACUGCACUGCGACAAACGUUUCCCAAAACUCUGUUAAAAAUAUAACAAGCCGUAAAAGGUAUUCGUCUUUGCUUUUGGCUGCUUGUAAAGUAAAGAAAGACUUGUAAUAAUAAUGAUGAUUAAUAUUUAUAAAUCCAUAAAAUCGCUCGUUGUUUUCUAGUACUAAUUACAAUAAAUAUACAAGUGUUAUAAAUAAAUUAAGAAGAAUUUUUAUUAAUUUACUUAUUAUAUUGUUAUAUACAUAAAGGAUUAUGGCACGGGCAAUUAUACAUUUCAUUCUGUAAUAUAAAUUUAAACCUGGCCAGGUUUUAUGGAUGAAAUAAAUUAUUAAAAAUGUAAAUGAACUUUUAGAAAAUGUACAUUUUUUAUAUGAUAUAUCUAUUUAUUCUUUCAUCUCCCGUUUCAUUUAAUUUGCUCUCUAUAAGUGUUCCUAAGGUUGACUGCCUGCCACCGGCUGUUUUGUAACACUUGUGUUAGCAACGUUUUACCACUAAUUAAUUAGUACUGGUAAUCAUAUAUUGCUGAAUAGGUCCUUACUACAGGAAAUAGAGGGUGU